AUGUCUGACAACGGCGAGAUCGAGGUUGAAUCCAGCACCCACCAGGUCCUUCCCAAGGACGUCGUCUCGGAGGUCGGCAGCAUCAAGCUUUUCAACCGCUGGAGCUACGAGGAUGUCGAGAUCCGUGAUAUCUCGUUGACUGAUUACAUCCAAAUUCGGUCCCCGGUCUUCAUCCCCCACUCCGCCGGCCGAUAUGCCGUCAAGCGAUUCCGCAAGGCCAACUGCCCCAUCAUCGAGCGAUUGACGAACUCGUUGAUGAUGCACGGCCGCAACAACGGCAAGAAGCUGAUGGCUGUCCGCAUUGUUGCCCACUCUUUCGAGAUCAUCCACCUCAUGACCGACCAGAACCCCAUCCAGAUCGCCGUCGACGCCAUCGUCAACUGCGGUCCCCGAGAAGACAGCACCCGAAUUGGUUCCGCCGGUACCGUCCGAAGACAAGCCGUCGAUGUGUCGCCCCUCCGAAGAGUCAACCAGGCCAUUGCCCUGCUGACCACCGGUGCCCGCGAGGCUUCUUUCCGCAACGUCAAGUCGAUUGCCGAGUGUCUGGCUGAGGAGCUGAUCAACGCUGCCAAGGGAAGCAGCAACUCGUACGCCAUCAAGAAGAAGGAUGAGCUGGAGCGUGUCGCCAAGAGCAACCGAUAA